GAGGCCUUUCUAAAAUCAUCCAAUUUUUUUUAGUAGUUAGAUGGAUUUAACUUAAAAAUACUCAUAUACAAUUUAGAAUUGGAUGAUAAUAAACCUGUUAAAUAUUCAAUUUGGAUCUUAAAAAUGUAUUCUAAUGAAAUUGACUCAAAAUUCAAUCAAAUUUAUAAAGAUGGUAUUCACAAGAAUCUACACAAGAAUACUCUUAAUAGGUCGGCAAGCACGCGUAACAAGAAACUGAAUGUGAGUAAAAGAUCUGGGCUUGUGUCUUACACAGAAUUAAAAGCUUCGAAAGAAACUAAAAUAGCUAGUGGAGAUAAAGGAAGACCCAAUAGUAUUUCCAACAUCAAUAAGAUCGAAGAUUCUUUACCUAAAAGAAAAAUUAUAGGUGAGCCACAAAAAAUUCCCAUUUUGUCAAAGAGAAGAACUCUUAUCGAUAUAAAUAAAAAUGAUCCGGGGAUUCAAGAAAGGGAAGACCAAGAUUCGAAUAACAAAAGGGAUAAAUCAGAGUCAACACAAUCUUUCCCCACAUUUUACCCCCUCCUUUUAAAAACAACUACGACUUUAAAGGAUAAGGCCGGUAGGAUAAAAAUGCGACAUUUGACGGAAGAUAUGCAAGAGGAAAUAACAAAUAGUGCCAACAAACAAACAUCGGAAACUCUCGAAAAUUAUAUCUUAGAAAGAAAAACUUUAGAAAAAAAUAAUGGAAGCUCCGAUAAAAAUAUUUUAAGCAAAAUAAAGUCAACAGCCUCUAAUAGACAAAGCUUGAUAACUAUUUUUCCAAAAUUAAUAGCUAAACCUGAAUUGGUCAAAUUUCCUUUUUAUCCGGAAUCAGUGGAACAGAUUCAAUCUAUAUGCGAAACCUCAAUCCCUGUAUCCACUUACCCAAUCUCAAAAAGAAUAUCUAUUCCUAUGAAAUCCAAUGUUAUAAUAGAAAAAUUCGUCACUAGAAGAGCAGCACCUAAUUCUUUUUCGGAACAAAAUUUUGAGUUCAACUCAAAGCAAUCCCUACCCAAAAGACUGAUAUCAAGCAUAUUACACAUAUCCCAAGAUAAAUCUUAUGCUCAAAGUCCUGGCACACUCUCCAACAUCCUAUCCUUCAUAAUCAAAGAGAGAAGCAGUUUUCAGAAAAAACAUAGCACAUGUGUGAGCCUAAAAAACAUAACUAGAACUGACUCACACAUACCAAGUCACUUUAAAAAUGUAGAUGAGACCAUUGAAAGCCUUACAGAUCUCAAAAAUUCUUUUGAUGUCUCAAAUAAAUUUGGGUCUAAGCAAGACCUACAAUUUAAAUAUCUCAACGGUCAUAAUUAUAAAACAGACUCCCCUUGUGAUAAAGGCAAUAUAAAAAUGAAGGUAGAAUCUACCAAUGAUAAAGUUUACAAUACAAAUAUUAACAAUGUAGAAACUCAGUUGGCCAUCUCUAUGCCUGACAGCAAGUUACCAGAAUAUCAAACCGAAGGUAGUCAAGGCCCUUAUUACAAAUUUUUGCAUGGAGUAUCGACUUUCUUAUUUUCUCAUGUGGGGAUAUUGUUACUCUUAUUUUUCUAUACAAUAGUUGGGGCCCUUAUAUUUCAGGCAAUAGAAGGACCGCUUGAAUCGGAAAAUGUUAAUGAAGUUAUUCAUUUCCGAGAAUUGACGGCUCUAGAUUUAGCGAUUCAAAUCAAAGUUACCGGUAUAGAUUAUAUGGAUCUUGAAUACACGAUUGAAAGAACCCUCAAAAAAUUUCAAGAUAAACUCAUAGGCUUCGUAGAACGAGGUUUCGAUGGGCAGGAGGAUAAAAACAUGAAAAAGUGGUCUUUUGCUGGUGCCUUAUUGUACUGUGUCACAGUUAUAACCACAAUAGGAUAUGGAAACAUUGCCCCCAUUUCGAAUUGGGGAAGAAUUUUGACGAUUUUAUAUGCUCUUAUUGGAAUUCCUCUGCUGGUUUUAUUCCUUAGCAACUUCGGAGCUUUACUAGCUGUCACAUUUAAGUGGUUAUGCAAAAAAAUAUCUGAAAAAUUUCGAGGUCCUCAAUUAAGGACAAGAUUAUCAUCAUAUAAUAGCGAAGGUGUUGAAGGAGAGAUUAAAGGAAAUGGAUCCAACAUCGAAAUAAAUUUAGAAAAAGUAAGCAAAGAUUUGGAAACUCGAAUAAAUGAUGCAAUGCACAACCCGAAUGAAAUAAAAAAUUUCGAUAACACAAAGAUUAUCGCGUCUGUAAUAAAUAACGAUGACCUCAGUUCUGAUAAGCAAUCGAUUAAAAAAUUUUCGAAAUUAUCUUCCAUAAAAUCAAAUAAUAAUGAAGUAAUAGAAAAUAAAUUAGAUACUCCAACGAAUGUUACUAUUACAGAAAUAUCUCCUGCAGAUUCUUCCAAAGAUUUUCAAGUUCCAGUUUGGGCAUGCCUUUCUCUAAUGUUUGGUUACCUAUUGUUAGGGUCUUUAUCCUUUUCUGUCUGGGAAGGAUGGGAUGUCAUUACUAGCUUCUAUUUUUGCUUCAUAACCCUUAGCACGAUAGGUUUCGGAGAUAUUGUGCCUGGUGCGGAACUAUUCUCAGCGAGCGCCAUCGAAAAAUUCGUUUUUGUCACUAUCUAUAUCAUUUUUGGUAUGGCUCUUAUGUCAAUGUGUUUUAACCUCAUGCAACAAACUAUAGUAAAAACGCUGAAAAUAUGGGGAAAUCGUAUAGGAUUAUUAUGA